AAAAGAGAAAAUAGAACGCUUCAUCGCCGUCGCUGACCAAAUUACACCCAACCUUCUUCGUCUCCCCUCUGACCUCUGUCCACCUCGCUUCUCUCUGCCGUCUCUUCUCCCUCCCUCUCCCCGCGGGAUUGGGACCCAAAUCCCGGCUUCUCUUGGUCGAGGGCGCAAAUUGCUGAUUUUUCCCCUCUGCGUUGCCAUUCCAAUCCGUUUAUUGGGUAGCGGAAGGGGGACCGAUGGGGGUUAAGCAAGCUUUGAAGAGCCUCGAUGCGUUCCCUCGCGCAGAGGACCACUUGCUGCAGAAAACGCAAUCGGGAGCGCUUGUUUCCGUUGUUGGGCUAGUUAUAAUGGCCACUCUAUUCGCGCACGAGCUGAGAUAUUAUCUCACGACGUAUACAGUUCAUCAGAUGUCAGUAGACUUGAAACGUGGAGAGACGCUUCCAAUUCACAUUAAUGUGACAUUUCCAUCUUUACCAUGCGAUGUUCUAAGUGUGGAUGCUAUUGAUAUGUCGGGCAAGCAUGAAGUGGAUCUUGACACAAACAUUUGGAAACUUCGCCUCAACAGCUAUGGCCAUAUUAUUGGUACUGAAUAUCUUUCUGACCUUGUGGAGAAGGAACAUAUUCACAAACAUGAUGAGGGGGGUGAUCAUCAUGAACAUUCAGAGGAGAAGACUCACGGACAUACCUUCGAUCACGAUGCAGAAAAGAUGAUAAAGAAGGUCAAGCAAGCCUUGGCAAAUGGAGAAGGCUGCCGGGUGUAUGGGGUUCUAGAUGUCCAAAGGGUUGCUGGUAACUUCCAUAUUUCAGUGCAUGGUUUGAACAUAUUUGUUGCCCAGAUGAUUUUUGACGGAGCUAAGAAUGUAAAUGUAAGCCACAUAAUCCAUGACCUAUCUUUUGGGCCGAAAUAUCCUGGACUUCAUAAUCCUCUUGAUGGGACGGAGCGAAUUCUACGCAGUACAAGUGGAACAUUCAAAUAUUACAUAAAGAUAGUUCCAACUGAAUAUCGGUACAUUUCAAAAGAAGUAUUGCCAACAAAUCAAUUCUCUGUCACUGAAUACUUUUCCCAUAUGAAUGAGUAUGAUCGAUCUUGGCCAGCGGUUUACUUCUUGUAUGAUCUAUCACCAAUUACUGUAACAAUUAGGGAGGAGCGCCGCAGUUUUCUCCACUUUAUCACCCGGCUUUGUGCAGUGCUAGGUGGUACUUUUGCUUUGACAGGCAUGCUUGAUCGGUGGAUGUACAGGCUUCUUGAGGCAUUGACAAAGCCCAACACCAGAAGUAUCAUCCGAUAAAGGAGCUAAAACUCGGGAAUUUCUUGAGACGGUCUAUCAUGCUUCCCUCAACCUUCAGAGUCUACCAAAUGUGUAAAAUCAGCGUUAGAUCGAUCUCUUUCCUGUGGUCCUUCAGGGGUAAUUCCACUGGAGAAAGUUCUUGAGGACCUUGAAUUUUGAAUCGAUUUGUCGAAGCUUUGAUAGAGUGCGCUGUAGAACUUUUGUUGCAACCGCUAUGUGUAUUUGUACUGAUUAUGCUAAAGCAGAUAACCGUGAUAAUGUCAUACUAAAUUAGAAAAUCA